AUGACACUCUCUCAUUCAAAGCCGGCCUUUCCCAAGGUGGAUGUCCCAACUGGGACUGCUAUAAACCCAGAUGCGAAAACUCCCACUAUCUUCACCCCAAUCAAGAUUCGAGGCCUGGAACUCCAAAACCGCUUCGUCGUCUCACCCAUGGGAACUUGGAGUGCUCAAGACGGCCACUUGACCGACUUUCACCUCAUUCAUCUGGGCGCAUUCGCAUUCCGAGGCGUCCCCCUGACCAUUGUUGAGUCCACAGGAGUGGCUGCCAACGGGCGGACCUCCCCUCAGGACUCUGGUCUCUGGCAGGAUAGUCAGAUCGAGCCGCUGAAGCGAGUGGCUGACUUUGUCCAUGGGCAGGGCCAGAAGAUUGGUAUUCAGCUCAAUCAUGCUGGUGUCAAAGCGGGCAUGAUUGCGCCGAGGUUUUUACCGAAAGGGGAGCUGAAGGUGGCUACUGAGCAAGAUGGGGGAUGGCCAGAUGAUGUGUGGGGGCCCAGUGCGAUCCCGCACACUGACGCACAUGUCACUCCAAAGAGCUUGACUCUUGAUAGAAUCGAGGCUUUGAUACAGAGUUUCGCAGAUGCUGCUCGAAGAGCCAUCAAGGCUGGUCUUGACUUUAUUGAGAUCCAUGGCGCUCACGGCUACCUCAUCAACCAAUUCUUAUCUCCUUUAACAAACAAACGCACGGAUGAAUAUGGCGGCAGCUUCGAGAAUCGUGUUCGCUUUCUCGUUCGAGUCAUCAAAGGGAUCCGGGCAGUCAUCCCCGACAGUGUCCCACUAUCUCUCCGGAUAUCCGCAAUCGAGUGGAUGGAAUGGAGCGGAGAGCCGUCAUGGGAUGUUGACCAAUCCAUAAGGCUAGCCAAACUUCUGCCCGGGCUUGGUGUCGACAUCUUGGACGUAUCAUCAGGGGGUAAUCACAAAGAUCAGAAGAUCGACGUCCAUCCCAAUUACCAGCUUGACCUAGCCAGGACCAUCCGGGCUGCGUUGAGGGAAGAGAGCCUGAAUUUGCUCGUUGCCGCGGUGGGGUUUAUCCACACACCACAGACUGCUCACGAUGUUGUGCAGCUUGAUAAGGAAGACGGCGUGCAGGCGGAUCUUGCAUUUGUAGGGAGACAGUUUCUCAAGGAACCCGAGUUUCUUCUCAAGACUGCCCAGGAGUUGGGGGUUGAGAUCCAGUGGCCGUACCAGUACGACAUGAUUGGUUUAAACACUACCUGGGGGCGAUCGUACUUCUAG